AUGACUUCUCCUCCAGAUCCGGAAAUGCCCCUCCAUACCUGGACCAAAGACGACAAGUACCUCGUCUCGACGGACGCCUCGCUCAUCCCCCUCCAGGCCCUCAACACCGCGAUCUUCGGAGCCGGUGACUUCACAUGGGGUGGCCCCUUACCGGAGGAGCAACUACGCACAUUAGUCCAAAGAUCGUUGUGUUUCGGACUAUACGAACUUCAACGACCACAAGGUAGCACCAGCACCAGCGCCACCCGUUCCUACGCCGAGCAUCAUUCGUCGACCGAAGAAGACCACCGUCAACACGAACAUCAGCACCCAGAAUCACAUUCCGACCACUCACAUCCGCAGCCGCAGUUGAAGCCACAACAACCACAACACCGACUGAUAGGCUUCGCCCGCUUCAUCACAGACCUCGUAACAGUCAACUACCUCACAGACGUCUACGUCCUGCGUGAACAUCGGUCCCACGGCCUCGGAAUCUGGCUGAUGCAGUGCAUCGACGAGGUCUUCGCCUCGAUGACACAUCUCCGGGGCAUGAUUCUGAUCGCGGACAGGGGAAGUUCCACGGAGGAUUUCUACAGGAAGUAUCUCGCCAUGGGAGAUCUGGAGGGGAAGGCAUUCUGUAUGGAUCGUAAGGGAUUGGGUGUGGCGGAGCCCGCUGCCUGCCUGCCUGCCUGCCUGCCUGCCUGCCUGCUGUAUAUAGAUUUGUCCUGCGGAGCCGAACGCAGCAGUUAG